AUGGCUUCGCCAAUGCACAGAAAGUCCGACCGACGUGUCUGGAAGGCCUGUCUUGCUUGCCGGCGGAAGAAGGUAAAAUGUGACGGGGAGGAGCCAUGCCAUGGUUGCCAGUCGCGCAACCAGAAAUGCGAGUAUCCCGACAGUAACGAUAAUGCGGCGGCCAGCCGACGCGAUGCCAGCUCGUUGGACAAGCAUUACCGGAAUAUUGAGGCGUUGGGACUGCGGCUUGAGGGCCUCACCCAGACGCUAUCGGAAUGUAUCCUCGCUAUUCGCGACACCAACAACCGAACAGAAUUACCCCUUAACCCGGGCUCGGACUGUGACUCACGGUCAGAAUCAAGGACCAGAUCCCUCCCAACAGAAGAGGACAUGGAGACGGAGGAUGAUAUUCCUGGCACCGAUCACCUAGAUGCCCCGCCAACUCCCACAUCUUACAAAUCGCGGGAUCGUGUCGGGCAUAUGGUACCUGACUCAUACCUUGGCGGUGCAGCCAAUAAUCUAGUUAUUGAGGCGGUGCAGGGGUUGUCACCGUCUCCAGGUCGCUCGCCCCAUUCAGCUCAAGCUUCGAUCCCCCAGGCCUCAAUCGAAAUGCCCUUCUUCCAACAUGGACAGGUCUGGCCCGAGCUCCCCUAUCUGCCAUCGGCGAACGAACUGGCCCGUCCACCCCAGUAUGUAGCAGAUCUCCUUGUCGGAAUUUACUUUGACCAGUUACACUAUACAUUUCCUAUCCUAGACCAGACCCGCUUCGUUUCCCAGUAUCGCGCCAUGACUGCGGGAAGUCCUGUAGAAGACGGUUUCCUCUCCGUCUUCUUUGCUGUUUGCGCCUGCGCCUCCGGGCUACUGCCACGCGAACCCGGUGCUGCGGGCCUGGUAGGCAUUGACUACUACCAAAAGGCUCUUCUGCUUUUCUGGGCCUCCAGCGGUGAAGUGUUUCUGGAGCAAGCCCAGUGUCUGGGCCUGCUGGCCCUGUGCUCUGCCGGCUGGAACACCGUGGCCCAGAGCUGGCGUCUGGUGGGUCAGGCAGUCCGCAUCGCCCAAGAUUUGGGCCUCCAUAUCGCCAGCCUGAAGGAUGCCCAUGUUUCCACUAGCGACCACGAUGCCGACGCCCAAGUCGUCCAAAGGGUAUGGUGGGGCUUGUUUACACUCGACUGCCUUACAUCCAUCUGCCUCGGUCGUCCCAUGGCCGCCAACCUGGAUGAUUGCUGCUGCGAGCUGCCCUCGGCCGACGGGGACAGCUCACCCAUGGCUGGGUUCGUCGCCUUCACUCGCCUGUGUCGGAUAGCUGCCAAAGUGCAUCGCCUACACGGGUCGCCGCCAGUGCGAAGAGAGACAUGGACAGCGCGCUGGCAACAUCUGCGACCGACCGUCGACCGGCUGGCUCAUGAAUUGGAGCAUUGGUUACAGCAGCUGCCGGAUGAGAUUCGAUUUUCCGCCAACCGGAUUCAGACGGGACCCAGUCUCACCAUGUGCUUUAUCGUCUUUAUCCUUCACUCAGCUAUCAUCAUGAAUUUGUAUCGGCCUCUUGUCGGUCAAAGUCUGUCCACCCCCACCGAUCCGAGUAGCGAGUGCAUCAGCGCGGCGCGGAGCUGCAUCCAGGCUGCAGAGCUAAUCCGCGAGCGGGUGCCUCCAUCCCAUUACCUCGCCUUCUGCGUGCAGUAUCUUACUAUCUCUGGUAUUCUGCUGUGGACCAUGGAGAACCCACAGAGCGAUCAGCCGGCCGCGGGCCUCACUGACGUCUAUCAGGCGUUACAAUCCUUGAUCGAGCUGGAGUGCGUUUGGCCCUGCGCGAGUCGUGGCCGGGCGAUCCUGGAGUGGCUCUUGCAACAUCCCCGGGCAGACGCGAGCGCUCAUCUUCCAUCUUUGCCCGUUCUGGAUGGGCUGUGGGAGCCCUUUUCGCCAUCGACUGCGGACAUUGUUUUCAAUGGGCUUUAG